UUUGCGAUAACGAUAGCUAAUCAGCUGGGUUUAGCAUUUUUAAUAAAAACAGGCGCGAAAUUUUGUCAAUUGUUUAAACAACAAAGUAGAAUAGAAAACAGAAUAACCAUGCAAGCCAAAGCCACUGAAAGCGGGCGGGAGCCAACGCUGCACAUGGACACAAAUGCGCGACGCAAUUUCAUCAAGUACCAUGCCAAGCUUGGCGAGAAACCCAGCACCACAGUUCGCUUUUACGAUCACUCGGACUGCUACACGGUCCACGGCAGCGAUGACUGCGAGCUAGUGGCUAAGAUUGUCUACAAGUCAACCGCGUUUAUUGGGGCCCUUCUGCCCGACGACAAGGAGACUCUACAGUUCGUGGCCCUCUCCAAGGGGAACUUUGAGAUGGCAGUGCGCGAGCUGCUCCUGGUGAGGAAUUUGCGCGUUGAGGUCUACAUCAAGCGUAAUGAAUGGCAACUGGAGUAUCGCGGGUCUCCGGGCAACCUGCUGCAGUUCGAGGACAUAUUGUUUGCCAACAAGGAGAUCUUGGUGGGCAACAACAUAAUCUCACUUCAGGUCAAACUCGAGGGUGGAGCCCAGCGACGCGUGGGCGUGGCCAGUGUGGAGCAGAAUGAUUGCCAGUUCCAAUUGCUGGAGUUCCUCGACGACGACUUCUUCACGGAGCUGGAGGCCACUGUGGUUCUCUUGGGGCCGAAGGAGUGCCUACUACCCUCGGUAGAGGGAGAAUAUGUACCAGUCAAAGCCCUGAUGGAGCGGAAUGGGGUGAUGAUCACUGUGCCGAAGAAGAGCAGCGCCAACGAUCUCCUGCAGGACCUGAAUCGCUUGUUGCGAUUCGCCAAAGGCCAGCAAGAGGACGCCACCGGGCUAAAGGAGCUGCAAAUGCUGCUGGCCGCUGAAUCCCUGAAGGUGGCCAUAAAGUACUUGGACUUGGUCAACGAUGCUGGCAACUUGGGACACUACGAAAUCAAGCAACUAGAUCUAAAGCGAUUUGUCCAUUUAGACUCGGCUGCUGUGGGCGCCUUGAAUAUUAUGCCCAAGCCUGGGACUCAUCCGUCCAUGCCCUCUUACCGCUGGCAGAGCAUUUUGGGUGUCCUGGAUCACUGCAGAUCUCCACAGGGGCACCGACUAAUGGGAAAGUGGGUGAAACAGCCACUGCGCAGCCAGGAGAUCCUAAACGACCGUCAUAACAUCGUCGAGUGUCUGCUGGAGUCUUCAGAUACCCUCGAGACGCUUAGUUUGGAUUAUCUGAAGCGCAUUCCAGACAUUCUGAUGCUGACCAAGAAACUGAUGCGUCGCAAGGCCACGUUGCAGGACCUGUUUCGCAUCUAUCAGGUUAUAUUGCGAACUCCAAAAAUUGUGCAGAUUCUGCUUGGCCUGGAAAACUCGACGAUCGAGAAUGUGAUUUGCUCCCCCUUCAAAAGUUUCCUAGAGGAUCUUACGGGGCUCAAGCAGAUGGUCGAGCAAGUAGUCGACUUUGAGGCGAUCGAAAGGGGGGAGUACCUGGUAAAAUCCUCCUUCGACAGCCGCCUGAUGGAGCUCCAGCAGACCAUGAACGUGUUGUACGAAAAAAUGCAGCGCCUGCAGUCCAAGUGCAACGAUGAUCUUGAUCUGGACGGCAAGCAGGUCAAGUUGGAAAAUGUGGCCAAGUUGGGCUACCACUUCCGCAUAACCCUGAAGGAUGACUCAGUGCUUCGCAAGAACAAGAACUAUCGCAUCGUAGACGUGAUAAAGGGCGGUGUGCGCUUCACCUCCGACAAGUUGGAGGGCUAUGCCGAUGAGUUUGCCAGCUGUCACAAUCGCUACGAGGAGCAGCAACUAUCCAUCGUUGAGGAGAUCAUACAGGUCGCUGUUGGAUAUGCUGCUCCAUUGACCUCUCUCAACAAUGAGCUGGCACAGCUGGACUGUUUGGUCAGCUUCGCUAUUGCCGCCCGCAGUGCUCCCACUCCUUAUGUCCGUCCCAAAAUGCUAGCAGAGGGCGCUGGCCAACUGGUUCUCAAGGAUGUGCGUCAUCCCUGCCUCGAGCUGCAGGAACAUGUUAGCUUCAUAGCCAACAGUGUGGACUUUAAAAAGGACAAAUGCAACAUGUUCAUCAUCACAGGCCCUAACAUGGGGGGAAAGAGCACCUACAUUCGCUCCGUUGGGACUGCCGUGCUGAUGGCCCAUGUUGGUGCCUUUGUGCCCUGCGACGUGGCCACCAUCAGCAUGGUCGAUUCGAUUCUCGGUCGUGUGGGAGCCAGCGACAAUAUUAUAAAGGGAUUGAGUACUUUCAUGGUGGAGAUGAUUGAGACUUCGGGUAUUAUAAGGACUGCAACGGAAAAGUCCUUGGUUAUUAUCGACGAGUUGGGACGUGGCACGUCCACCUAUGAGGGCUGUGGCAUUGCCUGGUCAAUUGCCGAGCAUCUGGCCAAGGAAACCAAAUGCUUUACGCUCUUCGCCACCCACUUCCAUGAGAUUACCAAGCUGGCUGAGACACUGCCAACAGUGAAAAACUGUCACAUGGCUGCGGUGGCCGACGCCGAAAACUUUACGCUGCUGUAUCAGGUGCGUCCUGGUGUGAUGGAGAUGAGCUUUGGGAUUCAGGUGGCCCGUCUGGCAAACUUCCCGGAGGAUGUGGUGCAGAAUGCCGAGGAGGUAUACAAUGAAUUUGAGGACGAGCAUGCCGACAAACAAAAUCAGGAGGAUAAGGCAUUGCUUGAGAAGAUUCAGGUCGCUAUUCAGCAGCUCUCAACGGCUGGCAACAAUACGGAAAUAAAUGUAGAGGACCUCACCCAGCUGGUCACACAGUUUACGCAGGACAUUAAGCAACUGGACAGCGACUACUUCAAGUCUGUGCUGGCCUCCAGUGAGGCUUAGGGUUAGACGGUUGGCCACGAUUCAGUGAUCUAGCGGUUGAGCAGUAUUACUUUGGAUUUUGGAAUACGAUGCAGUGCAGGAAUAGCAACUCCAUAAGUUCACAUCCCAUUUCAUUAUUUAAACAUUUAUUGGUCUUUUUAUUUACUUAUUAGUUGUAUGUUCUUUUUCCUUCAUAUAUUUCAUGGUUUGUGUACAUCUUUUUUUUUUGUCAGUUUCAAACCGCAUUUUGUUUUAAACAUCAAAAGUUCGAAUUCGCACGAACGUCUAUGCCAUUUAUAUUGCUAAGGAAAUUUAAAAUUUUUAUCAUUUUCAGUUUCAGUGGACAUUUCUUGUACAAUGUGUAUACGUGUCGAGCUUGAAAAGGUAGUGAUUAAGAAGAGCGAUAAACUCAAAGAGAUGAAUACGCGUAUUACAAUAUGUGUUCUUUAUGAAUGUGAAGCUAAUCCACGUAUACCACUAGAUUACCAUGUAGAUUUAGUUUCGUAAUUAUUUUAUACAUUUUACAACGUUUAAACACUCCAAAAAAUAAAUAUUGUUUUAGUAA